UAAAUACAAUCACGAGACGAGAAAACAAAAGUAACAAGAAACAUUAAAAUACACACAGAGCUCACGAGAUUCUAAUCAAUGGCAAACAUCUUCCUCAUCGCCAGUGGAUCAAGAUCAGGAACAAGAAGAGCAAUGAAAUCAAAGAACCAUGAAGGAAAGAGAUCAAACUCCAAUCCCAAUUCUAACUCGGACAGUAACUUCUCAUGCAAGAAGCACACGAAACACAGACAGUCUCCUGGAGUAUGUUCCCUAUGUCUCACCGAGAGGCUCUCCAAGGUAGAGUACUACGACUACACCAAGAACGCAGCUCAAACGGCGGCGUCUUACUGCUCAUCAACAGCAUCAUCUUCCACAUCGGUCUCGUCUUGUUACUCAUCUUCUUCCGUCUCUUCUUGUUCGUCCCCAUUGCAAUAUCGGUACAGAGAGAAGAAGAAGGAUGGAAAGAAACACAGCUUGUUCAGAUUAUUGCUUGGAUCCAUCGUAGAUUAGUUUUUAAUUUAUUUUCAGUUUUUUAUUCGUACUACUAGUAUAUUCCUUUUGUGUAUUCAUUCUUGGUCACUAGGAAAAUGCAGAGAAUCAGUAAAGUUGCCUAAGUUUAUAACUACAGAAUUGGAUUUUAAUAUUUUAGUCUUGUUGUACGUGACCCAAUAAAGGAAGUUCAAAUUUACACAUC